UUAAUGGAAUAUAGCAUCUCCAGUCAAAAACUUGAGUCUUUGAAUUUUCAUGUCAGCAUUGACGCCUCCCUCCAAGGCUGGACAUCCCAUUCCAACUCCAACGACCACCUUCAUCUUCAUCUGUCACUCUUUGGCAAUUCGCACUCCUCCAUCUCUUAUUUAAGCUGAAGAAGAAGAAGAAGAAGGAGAAGAAGAAGUUCGAGCUCCCUCACGUUGGCGGAAAGAGGGUUCUCGGAUUUCUCCUCUUUGCUCUUCUUCAUAUCCGAUUUCAAUGAUGUUUCGGGUGAUUUUUCUUCAAAAUUUGGGAAUUUUCCAUCUGUUCAUCCGAUCGGCAAAGUAUAUGGUUAUCUAAAGUUGGGGAAGUGGCCUCUUUCGUCACUCGAAUUCGGUGUUGGAUUGAGAAGUAGUUAUCAACUUUGAUAUAGGUUUGUAUUUGCAAUGAGUUCUUUUGAAAAGAAUGAAACCGAUUUGGAAGGUGGAAAAUUGCAAAAAGAUGGAGAUAAAGCAACUACCCAUAAGGUGGUUAAGAUACAGAAUAAGGCAUUAUUGUCUGGCCUUGCAUAUUGCCUGUCGUCCUGCAGCAUGAUAUUAGUUAACAAAUUCGUCCUUUCGAGCUACAACUUUGAUGCUGGAAUUUCUCUGAUGCUUUACCAGAACCUAGUCUCGGUUAUAAUCGUUUCUGUGUUGAGUUUUACCGGCAUCAUAUCAACGGAGCCACUAACAUGGAGAUUGGUUAAGGUCUGGUUGCCUGUGAAUGUUAUAUUCGUUGGGAUGCUCAUUACAAGCAUGUUUAGCUUGAAGUACAUCAAUGUAGCGAUGGUCACAGUCCUAAAGAAUGUUACCAAUGUGAUAACUGCUGUUGGUGAAAUGUAUCUAUUCCAGAAGCACCAUGACAGCAGAGUAUGGGCAGCACUUUUCCUAAUGAUAAUUUCAGCAAUUUCUGGAGGAGUCACUGAUUUAUCUUUCCAUGCCGUUGGCUAUGCAUGGCAAUUUCUGAACUGUAUCUUGACUGCAUCAUAUUCUCUUACUCUACGUAGAGUCAUGGAUACAGCAAAGCUGGUCACGAAAUCUGGAAAGCUGAAUGAGUUUUCAAUGGUCUUGCUAAAUAACACGCUUUCUCUACCUUUGGGGAUUCUGCUUAUUUUUGUUUUCAAUGAAGUGGAUUAUCUCUUUACAACACCACUUUUGAGGUCUUCAACCUUCUGGUUGGUGAUGACAUUAAGUGGAUUUUUGGGCCUUGCAAUCAGCUUCACGUCUAUGUGGUUUCUUCAUCAAACAGGUGCCACCACAUACAGCCUUGUUGGGUCGCUGAAUAAGAUCCCUCUAUCUGUUGCCGGUAUUCUACUUUUCAAAGUGCCGACCAGUUUAGAGAACUCUGCUAGCAUUUUCUUUGGUCUUGUGGCCGGAGUAUUUUUUGCAAGAGCCAAAAUGCGGGAGAGAGCUUAAUCCUGAACAUUGUAACUUGUGUGGAUUAUCUUAAUGACGUCCGAGUUUUUACUGGGUGAAAGCUGCAUCUGGCUGCUUUAAUAUCUCAUUCUUCAACUGUGGGAGACCGGUUAUAGAUUCUCAUGAAGUCUCGUGAAGUGACGGAGAAAGGAGUGAAGAAGAUUUUGUCCGUCGGAAAACUUCCAUUCAACUUCAUCAGGCCAUCUGGAUAUGUUGUAUUGUACCAAAAGGAAUACCUUUACCCACUAAUUCUUUUACCAGUCUGUAAUUUGUACUGUAACUCAUUCUUCUGUAUCAUCUUUGCAAAUCUUUUUAUAGAAACAUGUUUUGCUAAAUCGGGAGAAAAAUUAGCCCCCCAAGAUGAUAUUGAAAUUAUUUCGGUAUCA